AUGGGAGAUGAUAUCGUUCAAGCUGAUGUCUAUUCACUCCACGAUUCUUUGGAUCUAUGGGGACCAACGGAUCCAGGAUUAUUCCAUCCUGAUCCUCAUAUUACACAACAAUCACAAUCCGCUUUUCUCGGAUUUGGCUUAGGUCCACGCCAAUGUAUUGACAUGCGUUUUGCUAUAUCAAUUAUUAAAUUAACAUUGAUACGUUUACUGAAAGAGUAUACGGUGGUACAUAGUAACAAAUUAGAAGAAUAUUGGUGUUUACAAGAUAAACGUGUUAUAACUCCCUAA